AUGAGGAGGUAUCUGGAGGUGGCGCGGCGCGAGGCGGACGCGCAGCGCGCGCGCCGCGAGGCGGCGGAGGCGCAGCUUGAGGAGGCGCGCGCCGCGGCGGCGGCGGCGCGCGCGGGCGCGGAGGAGACGGAGGGGGAGCUGCGGCGGCUGCUGCAGGAGCAGCGGGCGGCGGCGGCGCGGCUGGCGGAGGAGCUGGAGGGAGCGAAAGACGGCGCGGGCGCGCGGGCAGAGGAGCAACGGCAAUCCAAAGAGGAGCGUGAGCAGCUGCAGCGGCGUCUGGAGGAAGCGCUGGCGGACGCCGCCGCGAGCGCCGCCGCAGCAGCAGAGGCCGGAGAGACCCUCUCCGCCGUCCAAGCCUCCGCGGCCGCCGCGGACGCGCGCGCCGCCGAGGCGCGCGCCGAGGCGGGCCGGGCGCGCGCGGAGGCGGAGCAGGCGCGGGAGCAGGCCGCGGAGCUGCGGCGCGCGAAGGAGGCGGCAGAGGCCGAGGCCGAGAGCGCGCGCGGCAGCGCCGGCGAGCAGGCGGAGCGGCUGCGGCGGAUCGCCAAGAAGAAAGCAGAGGAGGCGGACGAGUUGCAGGGCCAGCUCGCGGCCACCAAGGAGCGGCUGUCCGUGGCCGAGGACUCCCUUGCGGCGCUGCAGCGCCGCGCCGACGCGGCCGACGCGGAGGCAGCCGCGCUGAGGGGCCGCGCGGCGGUGGCGGACGCGGCGGAGCGGGAGGCGGCGGCGCUGCGGCGGGAGCUGCAGGGGGCCGAGGCCCAGGUCGCCGGCGCCGCGGCGCAGCUGAGCACCCUGAACGCGCAGCUGGCGGAGGCAGAGGGACAGCGCGACGCCGCGCAGGCGGAGGUGUCGCGGCUGGAGGAGGAGGGGGUGGAGCUGCGGUCAACCUUUGGGGACAGGCAGGCGCUGGCUGAGCAGCUGGCGGCUUCUACCGCGCGCGUCCAAGAGCUGGAGCCCCGCGCGGCGCGGCUGCCGGACGCCGAGGCACGCGCGGCCGCCGCGGAGGGCGAGGCGGCGGUGUUGAGGGAGCAGCUGGAGCGUUCGGCGGCGCAGGUGUCACGCCUCGAGAGCCACAGCCUCUCCAUCCAAUCGGAAUCGGAGGGCCUCGCCGCCCAGCUGCAGGAGGAGCGCGAAAAGGGCGAGGCGGCGCGCCGCCAGUGGGCCGCGCGCCUCAACGCGCUGCCCUCCACGUCCAGGGACCAGUGGCCGCAGCCUGUCGCAGCCGUCGUGGAGCUCGCAGAGAGGGCUGCCGCCGACGCCGCCGCUCUCGCCGCAAAGCAGGAGUGCGAGGCGCUCGAGGCGCAGCAGGCGGAGGAGCUGUCAGCCCUCCGCGCCGCCGCCGACGCCGCCGAGACGCGCGCCGCCGCGGCCGGCGCGGCGGCGGCGGCGGCGGAGGCGCGGGCGGAGCGGCUGGGUGAGGAGUUGCGGCAUGCGGAGCUGCGGAUGGCUGAGCAGGCGGAGGCGGCGGCGCGCGACCUGGCGGCCGCGCGCGAGGAGGCCGCGGCGGAGGCCGCCGAGCUGCAGGGCCGACUGCAGGAGGCGCGCACCGCGACGGGCGGCGAGGCGCGCGGCUGGCGGGAGCGCGCGGAGGGCCUCGAGUCGGAAAUGGCAGAGCUGCGGGAGAGGUGGAGGACAGACACGUCCGGUCGGACGGGCUGA